AUGAUUUGUGGAGAGAAUAGCCAUUAUGAAGCCUGUGGGAAUGCGUGCCCAGCAAGCUGCUCUGACAGACAUGCACCCUCGAGGUGUGUUAAGCCGUGCGUCGAGACUUGUCAGUGUAAUGAUAAAUUUGUACUUAGUGUUGACGCAUGUGUGCCCAUAUCAGGCUGCGGAUGCCAGUACAAUGGACAGUAUUACCAACCCAACCAAGAAUUCUGGUCUGAUACAAAGUGCAAGGUCCUUUGCAAAUGUGAUCCAACAGUGGGAAUAGUAGUCUGCCAGCCAUCCAGCUGUAAAUCUGGGCAGACAUGCAUGGUUGACAAUGGAGUACUUGGAUGCUACCCUACCACAUAUACCACAUGCACACUAAGUACUUGUGCUCCGUCAAUCACAUUUGAUGGGAGAGCUUUUGAGUUUUUGGGAACUUGCAUGUACCAGCUAGUUGGAGUAACAUCAAAUGACUCAUCCCUAACGCAUUUCACCAUCAAUGCUCAAUAUGUUAUCCGUGGCAACAAAGCUGUAUCACAAAUCAAAGAUGUCACAUUCCAAAUCCACAAUCCAACUGAGCAACGUAUAACAAUAAGAAGGGCCAUACCGAAACAAAUAGAGGUAUAUAAAUAUAUAUAAAUUUGUAUAUAUAAAAAUAAAUGUACAUCACCAGUUAAGAGAAUUGUAUGAUAGCUGUUAAGAUAAACUGUAAAGUAUGCCCAUUGAACUGGAGAUAGGAGGUGGGAGGGACACCUAAAAUAAUGUCAAAUUAUAGAUGCUUGCACGUGCUGCUGCCCUGUCCAUUCCUAGAGGUCCCAGAGUAGGAGGAUAUUUUCUGUCAUUGGUAACUUCUAAGAUUGACUAGUAAAAAUAUGUACAAAGGAUCAGCGCUAAUAUACUAGAUCUUACAGAGAUAAAUGUAAGGCAGCACAUCUGAAAAAUAGGGCUUCCUCACAGGCCCUAUAGAGUAGACAAAACUAAAAAAGGUGAAGGUGGAGGUGGUGCCACAGGUGGAAUAAAAUUUAAAUAAAUAAAUAAACCUGAUUAUAAACUAUACAAGCACAUAUACAAGACACUAUAUAAGAGAAAAUACAUACAAGAUAAAAAACCAAAAAGAGUUUGAAAUAUGGAUAAUGAAUAAUAAUCAAGAGUCCAAAGAUUAAGUCCAAAAGAGUCUAUGCCCGAUAAAUGCAGCAAAAAGUCCAAAUAAAACCUUGUAAAAGAAGUCAAUCACAAUCUUUUACAAUAUUUUAAUUGCUGUAUUUUAUUAAAGGUAUUUUGGCCACUUUCAACUUGUGAGUAAGCCAUUUUACUCUUUUAUUUAUUUUUACCUGGCACCAGAGUUUUUAUUGUUCCAGUGAGAAUUUUACUCUAAAGAAUCCUUGGUGGGGAUUAUACCGCUCAAGUUUUAUCCAUUGAGCAGUCUGCCUGCUCAAUAAAAUGUGAGUAACCUCUUGGUAUUUUAUUACUUCACCUCUGGCUUUUAUACAAUAAGCACUAUUAUUGUUUCUUUUACAUUUCAUAUGGUCCUUAUACCAACAAGUUAUCCAUCCACUACAAAACUUCACGUAUCCCAUAAGUGGGAAUUGUACCACUGUAUGCCAUCCACACUACAGCUAGUCUUAUAGCUCUGGAAAACGUGAGUAGGACCAUAUAGACCUCUAGAAACAGUACUUAGUACCUAUUGGGAUAUACUGCACCAUUAGUUGCUGUCUUUUUAUUUUUUUCAUAUGGAUUUCACGAAUAUCCCAUGUCCAUACGUUACUGAGGAAUACUUCCCCUUUUGUGAUUGUGACUGACUUCUUAUACAAGGUUUUAUUUGGACUUUUUUUGCUGCAUUUAUCAGGCAUAGACUCUUUUGGACUUAAUCUUUGGACUCUUGAUUAUUAUUCAUUAUCCAUAUUUCAAACUCUUUUUGUUUUUUUUAUCUUGUAUGUAUUUUCUCUUAUAUAGUGUGUUUUAUAUGUGCUUGUAUAGUUUAUAAUCAGGUUUAUUUAUUUAUUUAUAUUUUAUUUCACCUGUGGCGCUGCCUCCACCUUCACCUUUUUAAUAUUGACUAGCAGCCUACGACGUUCAAUGGAAAGCUAUGUUUAAGUGCCAGCAAUGGUCCAGGUUUUGUCAGUAUCCCAACUUGAACAGAAUAGGGAAAUGGUUAAAUCUUGCACUGUUGAUGUGCAUCAAGGACUGAAUAUUGAACCCCUGGCAUUAAAGUAAAUGUGGAGGAAAUCAAGAAAAAAUAACAGGAAUAAUUGUAUCUGUAUUUUUGCUAACAGUUUGGCUAUAAAUCUAGCUAUAAAGUGUCAAAGUAUCAUGUUUAUAAUAACAAGCAUUUUUUUUAUAUGUGGAACUACUUUUUCUAUGUGUCUGGUAACUAAAGUAUUAGUAGGGUCACCUUAUUUAUGUUUGGUGAAAUGUCUAAUUUACUUUUUUGUAAUAAAAGGCACAACAAAUUAUAUAUUUUUCACAUUAGUUGAUCUUAAAAUCAGCUAUUUUGAUUAUAUUUUUCUCAUAGGUAAAUGGAAUUUUAACUGAACUGCCAUACAUACAGAGUGGAGACAAUUCUCCGAAGAUCACUGUGCACUACAAUGGAAUUGUAACUCAAAUUAUAGUAGAUAUUGGCCUCGCUGUUUCUGUUGACCAUUUAUUUUCUACACGCGUGACCCUACCCAGCACCUACACAGGGGCAGUAAACGGCUUGUGUGGUAACAACAACCAAGAUCCUGCUGAUGAUUUAGCCAUAGAGGAAGGACUUAUAACCAGCUCCGUGGUAGAAUUUGUAAAAUAUUGGAAAUUGGAAGAGAUAUCAGGAUGCACUACAGAAAAUCCUAUAAACCCACCAUGCACCGAUGCACAGAGAGAACAAUACAAAGCUGAAACAUAUUGUGGAAUGAUUUCAAAUGCCAAUGGACCCUUCAGCCUGUGCCAUGGUGUGAUUGACCCAGUUCCGUAUUUGGAAAACUGUGCACAUGCUGCCUGCAAGUACGGAGGAUACCGGCCUUUCCUCUGCAAUAGCAUAGCAUCUUAUGUUUCAGAAUGCCAGAGCAAAGGUGUUAAGAUCAAGGAAUGGAGGUCUCCACUUUUCUGCCGUAUGUAAAAUCUUGCAUUACUACAUAACACAGUUUAUUUUUUAUUGUAGAGUUAAGGUGCUGGCUCUAUAUAUAUUAAGUGAUAGCAAUGUACAAUAAUAGUUGCAGGAUUGCAGAAAUUAUAAGAAGAAUGCUUCUUAUGUCAGCUCUUCAUCGCAAUGAUAUAUGCUUUUAUAAUUUCUACAUUUACAUACUUCUUCUCAUCGUUGUAAUUUUACUUUGGGUAUAUUUGGGUAGUCAUCCUAAAUAUAAUAACACUCACAAAACCUCACUUUAUAGGUCUCUGUUAUUUUUAUUUGAACAAUUUGGGAUAAUUUCCUCCAAUAUCCUUCAAAAUCACCUGGCUUAUGUCUCACUGAAGGUAAUUUAGGAACACACUGCUUGGAGUCACCCUAACAAAAAACACAUAAUUAUGAAAUUAUUUCUAUUAAAUACAUCAUUUCUUAAAUGAAUAAGUGCAUAUCACUGCAUUUCCUGUAGCUGUUUUGAUAAUACUUCCCGUCCUUGCUUAAGAAUAUCUUUGCUCACACACUUUUUAUUGUGACUGAGCAGUUUAGCAUCUACUGAUUUAUAUCACCUGGAAUAAAUUAUUGCAAUAAUUAGACUUAAUAUCUCCUGUGCAAUGAUUGAAGGGUGGAAGGCAGAAAUGUAAAUUAAAACAAAUACCAGCUUAUAAAAGUAUGAGAUUUUAAGGCAAAUCAAAGAUAUGAGUUUCUCUUUGUUACAAUCUAAUAUAUCCUAAAAUGACACAUUAACAUAGACAGCAUGUUUAAUAUCUAAUUUCUCUGCUGAUUGUCUUUUCAGCUAUGACCUGCUCACAGAACAGUCAUUAUGAACUGUGCGGAAAUGGCUGCCCCAACACCUGCUAUCGACUUUCACCUCCAUCCCACUGUGUGCCGUCCUGCACUGAGGGGUGCUACUGUAAUAAUGGGUUCAUACUAAGUGGACAGGAUUGUGUCCCCAUCGCACAAUGUGGAUGCGUCUCUAAUGGAACAUACUUCAAAGCUGACGAGAAAUUCUACACAGAUAGUCGCUGCCAGGAGAUAUGUAGCUGUGGGCAGAACAAUGCUCUCAUCUGCCAAAACCACGUGUGCGGGCUUAACGAGGAAUGCAAAGUAACACAAGGCCGUCUGGGUUGCCAAUCGAAAAUUGUUGGCCGUUGUACAGUACAGGGAGGUCAGCAUUAUAAAACCUUUGAUGGGCACGAGUUUGAUUUCCAUGGCACCUGCACCUACACUUUGGUCAAAUUUAAUAAUGGCAAACAUAAUGUCUCAGUGACAAUGGAAAAUGCACCCAAUUCAAGGGGGUUUGUCUCAGGCCCCAAAUCAGUCACUGUGCAAAUAGGAGAAAAUAAUGUUCGUAUGGAGAUUGGUAGCGAGUGUACACUUAUGGUGAGUUGGUCUCUGUUUGGAAUCCAUUUUCCAUUACUGCUUAGUAUUUCUUACGGUUGCUGUGGUUAUGAAUGAUUUCUAUUUUACAGAUUUCCAUAAAGUAAGUAUGUCCGCCUUCCUAUCAUUCUUUUUUUAGAUAGACAUUUUUCCAGUUAUCAUCCAUGGUAUAAAUAAACCUGUGGCUGUGGCCACCUUUUUGCUUUGCUAGUGCCAGAUAUAAGAUGCAGUCUUUGUCAAUACUUAGAUAAUAUAUUGUAAAUUAUUAUUCCCCCCACAUUCUCACUCAGAUUAACACUGCAUGUAUACACAGUAUCUCUCCAAGAUACACUUCAAGUCCAAAAAGAUGCAAAUACUGAUCAUCUGUAGGUGCAAUUCGCAUACAAGUAUUUUAUAUUUUCCCUACUGCUUGCCUCAUUCCCAUAAAUCCUUCAUUAAUGUAUCAGAACUCCCCGUACUCCGACCGAGUAACUUCCGUUGAUGGAUGCUUCCUAGCUUGCACCGAAGACCACAAGUACCACACCGGACACCACAACUACCACAGACUCCACAACCGCCGUAGCUUAACUGGAGUCUCGCCGUCUUCCUUCCACCCUGGAUCAGCUUCUGUCUUCCAGGACCGUGUGGAAAAGACCUCUCCUCCAGGUGAGCAUAUCAGGAACAAGCGCUUAAAAGAGCUAAGUGAUUAAAGCUCAGGGGAGUAUACAAGUAUAGCAAUCCCCAGUGUGAAUAUAGCAGUUCCCCUCCAAUCACGAGACAAGACUACGUGUUGAGGGUCAAGAAGAUCUCUUUAAUUUGCACCAAAGGGCCUUCUUUUAUGCAGUUUUUACAGAUAUAGUACCGCCCACAGGGUUUUGCAGAACAACCAAUAACACAUGUAAUAUACAAUAAAACACUCCCCUUCAUUCCCACACAAUUCUCCCCUCUGUCUGUGAUAUAAUUACUGAACACAAUGGGUUAAUGUAAUUAUCACAGUCAGGAAAAAUAUACUUUUUAUACAUACACUGUAACUUUACAACUACACAUCCAAUAUUCAUAACAGCAACAUAUUAUUAUUCAGCACACUUCAAAUAUAAACAUAUCCAAAAUUCAGGUGAUUCCUUCCAGUGGUUAAAAAGUUAGUCGGAAGUCCUUUAUGACCGACCAACAUUUCCAUGCCCAAAACAGUUCCAUAGAUUUGGUCUGUGAGGUCGGUCAAUUUCAGACUGAAAAAAAAUCGCCGAACAGGAUAGUCUCUGCGGCUGAAAAAUCAGUUUGGAGAAGGUAAGGGUCAGCGGUGUUCCUGGAACAGUGUAGCCAAUUUCAGUUCCAUGAAUUUGGCUACACACACCACUGACCGCGUUCGGUUUAAAAAAGAUGGCCACCGCCACGUGUUCGUUUGCACAAACUGCGGCCACCCAGCGGUCUGCAAUUUACCUACAGCAGGCUCCCAGCCUGGGAGGUAAAUUGAUGGUUCUGGGUGGUCUGCCUGUGAGGUACUUGGCUCAGUAAGCCCCAUUUACUGAACCAAGUGGGAAGAAGCCAUGAGCAAAGUAUUUUAACCAAGUCUGGGGACACUGGGGACACAGGCUUAAAGGGGCAGUGUCCCAAACAAGUCUGGGACACCGUCUUAAAGGAGCAUUGUUCUGAUUUUCACUGUUGCAAAAAUGUGCUUAAAGAGCCAGCACCAGUCCCAUAAAAGUCCAUAAGCCCCAAUACAGUUCUUAAAGGGUCAUACACAGUCCAUUACAAGUCCAUAGUCCCAAAUAGCAUUCUUAAAAGGCCAUACACCCCAGGGACAUAGUCACAGGGGAGGAGGCAGGCAAGCAGGCCUCAUCAGGACCAAGUGGAGAAGGGCACUUCGUCACAAUUAAUAUUUACUGGGAUGUGGCAAAACAUCUUUUACCAACCCAAAGUUACUCUUCAAAAUGUCAAGAACAUAAUAACUGGACAUGUUUAAAGGUGUUGAGAAAUUUCAUUGAUUAUGGAUAUGUCUAUAUAUUGAGUGUGCAAAUUAAUAAUGUCUUUUCAGAGCUUUACACCAGCUCUAGUAUGAAAGGCAUACAGUGGUACAAUCCCCACUUACAGGAUAUGUGAAGAAUGGUUUCAAUGAUGUAUGGACCAAAAAAUAAAAAGAAACAAUAGUGCUCACUGUAUAAAAUCAACCAGAAGAAUAACAAUGAGAAUAUUACUCACAUUUACCAGAGCAAACAAACUGCUCUAUAGAUAGGGCGCGGGUGGAAUAAUCCCUGACUAAGGAUUUUUUGAGUAGUUCUUACUGGGGGUAAAAUCAGGAUACCAGGCAAUAAAAUAAAAGAAUAAUAACAGAGGAAAAAGAGUAAAAUAGCACACUCAAUGUAAAAGUAGCCAAAAUACCUUUAUUAACACAGUAGUAAAUUAAAAGUCCACAACGCGUUUCGCCACAAGGGGCUUCUUUGCGUGUACAUAGUAUUAGCCUUGCACAUGUGGGUUUAUAUAGGGCCCAAACAAUCAGCAAAUUAUCUCCAGGUAGAGAAAAUAUUUCCAAGUUAUAACUGUAACCAAACACAUUAAAAUACAUAACUCAUCUUUCACAUAACUGAACCCCCAUAUCGACCUAUCCCCAGAUAGCUUGGAUCUGAGUGCUCAAUAUAUCCAAAAAGCACUCAGAUCCCCUGAACACAGUCAAAUCGCCAUGGUGUUAAAGGGUUGUCACCGACAGUUCGGCAUAAAUCUGUCCAGAAUUAGCUAUCAGGGUCGGUCUAGUUCAUGAGUUCUUAAUGUACCGAACGACGCUGUGUUUGUAUGAACAGAAACGAAGGGAUGGAAGUUUGAAAGUCCCAGUUUUGAAAACAGUUCCAUGCGGUCGACGACAAAACACUGCUGGGCGCUCGACAGUUUAAGAUGGCCGCCGCCACAUGUUCGUUCAUAUGAAUGGCGACCACCCAGCAAUUAGUCAAUUAGCUGCAGUUACCCACAGAUUCUGGGAGGUUAACAGGCUGCACACUCCCAUUGCGUGUGGUCUGGCUGUUCGUUAGUUUGUUCGGUAAACGAACACCAUAAGCCUGUUGAACUGUAGAAGGGAAAGAGGCAUGAACAAAGCCUUUCCCUAGUCCUGAAUACAGGUCUCAUACAUGGGCCAUUGUCACAGGCAAGAGGCUGGCAAGCAGGCCUCUCCAAAUCCCAGUGAUGAAGGUGCUUUCGUCACAUAUACCAAUUGGAGUGCCCUUGUGGCCUCCAAUACGUUGAGAUGACCUCACAAUGUUUAAAAACAAGAUUGGCAGAACAUUUCCACAAUAUUAUCAACCACUCUAUAUCGGAACAUUUUCUGAUAAAAAUCCAAAGCAUCUAAAAUGUAUAGGAAUUAAGAAAUGUAAAAUCCCUUGGAGAGGUGGAGAUCUUAAAAAGAAUUUAGACCAAAAAGAAAUUAAUUGGGGUUUUAAUUUAAAAACCCUGUCCCCAAAAGGCCUGAAUGUAGAUUUUUUACUUUUUAUCUUUUUAUACCUUUCUAAGAAUUUAUCCUAUUCCUUCCUAUAAAUACAUUUUUUACCCUCCUUUAAUAUGGUUUAUUCCUAAACAUAUACAUUUUAAGUUUAACGCUUACACAUUUUUAUAAAAAAAUAGCUAUAAUUAACUGUACAUACUUUCUCAGUUUUAUGUAUCUACAGUUUUAUAUAUAACUGAUUUUAUUUUCAUUUUUUUUAUUGCAACAUUCUGUAUAUCCUAUAGUGGUCUAAGGCAGCGGUCCUUAAACUUUUUAAACAGCCAGUUCACGGACCCUCAGGCAAUGUUGGGGGCCGGACUAUAAAAAAUAUUAACGAAUUCCUAUGCACACUGCACACACACGCAUAGGGACAUAAAUACAUAAACAGACAGACACAGACAUACAUACAGAUACACACAAACAUACAUACAGACUUAAAUACAUACACAGCUAAUUUUGCAGGAGGAUGGCUGUGGCUGAUAGGAGUUGGCAUGGCUCCCGCAGCCUGUCUUUCUUCCAUCCCAUGCCAUCACUUCCUCCCAGCACUUCUUUGCGGCUGUGAUUUUUUUAAAGGGGCCUGGUCGCGCUAUUGCACGGCUGCAGCGCUGACCGGGCCCCUGAAGAUAUAGGGCCCAUCGGGUGGCCCUAAGUGCUGGGGCUAGGUUCCGGACCCUGGUGGAACCCAGCCCCUGACGACCCCUGGUCUACAGUAUUAAGAGUAUAUAUUUUUAUGUAUAUGUAUAUUCCUGUGCAAUGUAUUCUCAGCUGUUGCUAACCCUGCCCACAAUGCCUGGGCAUAUUGAGUCUGCCCACCUGAUCAUAAUCCCUCGUUAGAUAAAUUGAAUUGAGAUGGAGGGAUUUGAACUUGCAGCCCUCAAGUUAUGAGCAUAUUCUGCAUGUGGUACAUGGGCUCACUGAGCUGUUUAUCCUGCUCAAAUUUAUGCUUGCUGAGUCCACUAUGUAACAUUGUAAAAUCGUUUUUAGUUUACCUACUUCUUGUUAAUAUGUCCUUUGACCUUUUUAAACAUGGUGUCAAAUAAGACACCAUUUUCAAUUUGUUGAUUGUUUGGGCCCUAUAUAAACCCACAUGUGCCAGGCUAAUACUAUGUACACUUGAAGAAGUCCUUUGUGGCGAAAUGCGUUGUGGACUUUUAAUUUACUACUGUGUUACUAAAGGUGUUUUGGCUACUUUUACAUUGAGUAUGCCGUUUUACUCUUUUUACUCCGUUAUUAUUCUUUUAUUAUUUUAUUGUCUGGUAUCCUGAUUUUACUCCCAGCAAGAACUAUUCAAGAAAUCCUUAGGUGGGGAUUAUUCCACCUGCACCCUAUCUAGUGCCAGAGCACUUUUCUCUUAUAUUCUCUAAUAUCCUCUCCAUCUUUCCAUUUACGGACCGCAUCUGAUAUCCCAACAAGAAAAUUUUCCUUGAACAAAUUCGUGAUUGCUCCUCCGGAAAACUGUAUACCAUCAUUUUUUUUAUUGGACUUUCUAUCUUGGACAUAUAUUUUUUAUAUGUUAUUUUCUAUAUAUCUUAUUUUCUAUUUAUUUGUUUUUAAGGCAUCUUAUGCUGGUUAUAAUAUACUCACCAGUGUCUUUUUAGAGUGGCGCUAAUCCUCUACACUUUUUAAUAAUUUGUACUUGUCUCACUACUAUAAGGAUAGAGGGAUUCCCUUCCUUUUGGAGGAAAGCUGUCUUAAUUUCACUUUUCCCAGUUUGGGACCCUUUACUACUGUUCCCCGUGUCUGAACUUUAAAAACAAACAAACGCUGAUUUCAAGAGAAAUUGGCACUUUUAUCAAUAUACUUGGCAAUCAAGCUAACGGACAGGAGGACUUCCUGAAUCACUCUGCUUGAGCGAUCAUUCAAGUGGAAGUGAAGAGUUAUAAUAGGGAAACAUUCGUCUACUGAAUGAGAAGCAUUCUACUGGAACAUUGCUGCCAUAUGCCAUACAUGCAACAACUUUUUUUCCAGAAGAGGAAGGGGAGACUAAUAUUGAUGACAGUCUCCCUGGGGCAGAUCAUGGGCCACUUGUUUAAAAGGGGAAUUAUUAUUUUUUUUCUGUGUGUUUCACAACUGUGUGUACUUGUUAUUUUAUCAGAUAUUAAAACCAAAUAAGAAUGUUUCUUUACCGGUCACAAUAUCUACUCAAGACAAGUGUUUAUAAUGAUCAAGAAUAUAUAAUGUCAUUAAAGAAAUGACAAGAAUAAUUCUUCUUAUGUCAUCUCUUCAUCGCAAUGAUAUAUACUUUUAUAAAUUCUACAUUUACAUACUUCUUCUCAUCGUAAUGUUCAAUUUUACUUUGGGUAUAUUUGUGCAGUCAUACUAAAUAUAAUACCCCACUACCUGAGAUGAUGAUUAGGUGACUAAUAUUCUGUGCCUCUCCAGUAAUAGCUCAUCUACUUUUCUUUUCACAUAGAUAAAAAAUGAGAAGUAUAACCUGCCUUAUGAGUCACGUAAUGGUCAAAUCCGGGUCAACAAAGAAGGAAACAAUAUGAUUUUCAGGAGCUUUGGGAUUAAUCUUACAUUUUCAUAUACAAGAAAAAUUAAAGUAGAGCUUCUCAACAGCUUUGCUAUGUCUAAUGAGGUUCCCAACUCCUUUGCUAGGUCUACUAUGGUUGAAAAUUCCAUUGCUAGGAAUACUGAAGGCAUCUGUGGAGAUUUUAAUGGUGAAUUAUCUGAUGAUUUCCAUUUUCCAAAUGGCAGCAUUGCUAAUGAUCCAGCACAGUUUGGUUCAUUCUGGGCUGUUGCUGGAGACUGGACAGAUUGUAAAGGUUGUAAGGGGACAUGCCCACAAUGUUCCCCAGAGGAAGAAAAAAAGGCCAGUUCAAACUCAAAAUGUGGGCUGAUAAGAGACCCCCUAGGACCAUUUAAAGAUUGCCAUGAUGUAGUGUCUCCAGACACCUAUCUGAAGGACUGUGUAAAUGAUAUGUGCACCGGAGAUGUUGGAGACCAAGCAUUAUGCAGGAAUUUACAAGCAUAUGCUGAGGAAUGCCAGGAUGCUGGAGCCAUCGUUGAUGGACUUUGGCGGAACAUUACCAGCUGCUGUAAGUUGUUCUCUAUUCCUUUUUCAAACCGUAUAUGGAGAGAUUGUUUUAACAUAUUGCACUUACCUAGAGAUGUUUGCCUGUUUGUCUGUUUGUCUGUUUGUCUUGUGAUGGUUUCCCUAUAGGUGGCUUGGAGGUGCACAUGGAGCUUUCUGGGUUUUUGUCAAGGUAGUACAUGAUGUCCAGAGAUGGAAUGCUGGAUGAGGGAGAAGUGCAGCAGAAGCUUGAGAUGUCUGCAACUCCCUGGAGCAGCAGAGGCAUUACAACACAGCUGAGAGAAGCUGAAAAUAAAAAAAAAUUAAAAUCUUUAUUUGAAUUUUAACAGUAUAAAACAUACAUGACACAUUAAAUCUACAAAGACAGCAACAAGUCUAAAAGUACAAAAAAUAAAAAAUCACACUGUCUGGGGAAAGAUAGACACUUCAGUGGGCCCUCAAGCGUGCUUGGAACACCUCCCUAUAAGAGAUAGUAGUUUACAGAGAUUCCAAUAUUUAACCAUUUAUCCCAUACGCCAAAGCAGCUGCGUACAUACCGCGGUAGCAGGGGUCACAGCUGCGACCGGGCCCGGCACUCCAGGGGGCCCGGCCGCCCUGCGGACCCCUUCGACCGCGUACCAGGCCUACUGCCACAUUUUGCGUCACGGCCGGAAGGGGGCCAUCUAGUGGCCCAUGCUGUCAGGGCCACCCGAUGGAUAUGGAUCCCUUAAUAGCCCUUCAAAUAUUUUCCCAGUCACAGAAGUUAAGCUCACAGGUCUACAAUUUCCAGGCAAGGAUUUUGAACCCUUUUUAAAUAUAGGAACAACAUCUGCCUUCCUCCAAUCCUCCAGUGCAAUACCUGAAACAAAAGAAUCUUGAAAGAUUAAAUACAGAGGUUCACUUAUUUCCCCAGUUAGCUCCUUAAAGGGACACUCCAUGCACCCAGACCACUUCUGCCCAUUGGAGUGGUCUGGGUGCCCUUAUUAACCCUGCAAGUGUAUUAUUGCAGUUUUUAUAAACUUCAAUAAUUACCUUGCAGGGUUAAGUCCUCCCCUAGUGGCUGUCUAUCAGACAGCCACUAGAGGGACUAGAGGGACUUUCGGGUUCUUAAAACCCGAAAAGUGGACGCUGGACUUCCUCACGCUAUACAUGAAGACCUCCAGCAUUACCGGAAUCCCCAUAUGAAAUCGUUAAAUAAUGCUUUCCUAUGGGGAGGUCUAACGCGCGCAGCCAUUGCAUGGGUGGAGCCUGAACCAGCUCUGAGGGACAUCGUCGCUGGAUUCAGGUAAGUUACUGAAAGGGGUUUUAACCCCUUUAACCUCUUCAGCAACAUGGGAUGGGUGGUGGGAGAGAGAGGGGUACUUCAGGAACCUGAAGUGCCAGGAAAUUGGAUAUGUUUCUGGAUAGUCUCUUUAAGUAUUCGUGGGCAAAUAUUGUCAGACCCCAGAGCUUUUAUUUACAUAAAUUUUCUUUAACUGCUGUAGCACCUUGUCUCGAGUCAUCCAAUCACAAAUUAUCUGCAGGUUUUUUGCAGCAAUCAUUUGCAUAUCUCUUGUCAUAGGAUCCUCAUUAACCCCUUAGUGACCAGACCGUUUUUCAAUUUUCUUACCGUUAAGGACCAGGGCAGUUCUUACAUUUCUGCCGUGUUUGUGUUUGGGUGUAAUUUUCCUCUUACUCAUUUACUGUACCCACACAUAUUAUUUACCAGUUUUCUCACCAUUAAAUGGUCUUUCUAAAGAUGCCAUUAUUUUCAUCAUAUCAUAUAAUAAUACUAAAAAAAGAAUUAUAAAACAUAAUGCAAAAACGUAAAAAUAAUGUUUUAAACUUUGACCCCCAAUAUCUGUUGCACAUCUACAACCACCAAAAAACACCCAUGCUAUAUAGUUUCUAAAUGUUAUCCUGAUUUUAGAAAUACCCAAUGUUAACAUGUUAUUAGCUUUUUUUUUUCAAGUUAUAGGGCAAUAGGUACAAGUAGCACUUUGUUAUUUCCAAACCAUUUUAAAAAACUUUUUUACGCAGGUUACGUUGUAACACUGAUAUUUGUCAGGAAUCCCUGAAUAACCCUUCACAUGUAUAUAUUUUUUAAAAGAAGACAACCUAAGGUAUUAAAUUUGGGGUAUUUUUACUUUUUUCAUGCUCUUUUAAUGCAACCAUUUUUACCGCAAAUCUAUGCCAAAUUUGAAAAAAAUUAAAUAAUUGGUGAUUAUUUUGACACACAUAGCCCUUUAAGAAUACAUGUACUGAGAACUUUAAGGGUUACUGCCAAAGAACACCCCAAUAUGUGUUCAGCAACAUCUCCUGAGUACAGUGAUGCCACCCAUGUACAGGUGUAUCAGGUUGUCUGGGGGCUAAAAUACCUUAUUUGGAGGGUGCGCAUUCCUGUUUUCCAACUUGGACUUUUAACAGCUGGUCAUCAUGCACCCAUGUCCCAUUUGGGCCAUUUUUGAAGCCGGCCAAUGUAAUUUACCUCCAUCAAACAAUAUAUUUUUGAAUGGUAGACACCCUAGGGUAUUUCAAACACUUUCCAUGCACUAAUAAUACCACCAGGUCUUGUCAAACUUUUACAUACAUAGGGUACAUACAUAGGGUAAAAAUAACCAAAAAAAAACUGGACGGCAAAUAUAAAAAGAAUAAAACAAAUAUGAACCAGUGUGUGAAGCAGUCCCCAAUGCUGAGUCCAGGCUGUCCAGGGCAAUCAGGACAGUGAUAUACAGUAUGUUUUUUCUGCCCCCUCUUAAAACAGACUCUGCAUCUUUUUUGGAGAUUCUGCUUUGCCGCGGUAGGGGGGAUUUCAAAAAUAAAAUGUGCAGCCAAAACUCUGCUCUCUCCCAUCACCACCUGAUCUGGAGCUGAAACUGUAAAAAACUUAGUUGCAUUCCGGGGUCUGCUUUUUUGAACAACAAAACGUUGUGGGUUGCAAUCUGCAUUAAGUAAAUUGCAACCUUUUUUGUAACAGGCCCUUGUCUUCCAUAUAGUUAGGUAGGGCUGCAGCAGCUGAUCUGCCAGAUCAACCCCACCCAUAUGCCGGUUAUAGGCCUUGAUGCACAUUGGCUUCCUUGUGCUCUCAGCUCUGCCACGUACAGUGACCUCCACAGUCCUCUCUGUGUGGAUGGUGGUAAGAAGGUUCACAUUCUUUUUGUCUCUGUACUUAACUGCCAACAGCUCCUCUUGGCACAGAGCAGAGGUCUUCCCCCUUCGUAACCGAGUGCGUGCAAAUUGUCCCGGGAAACCUGCGCAGUUCUUUUUAUUAUUGUACCGCAAUCUACUGUAUCAAAACAGUACAAUAGCUUGAACAAAGGGACACUUGUAUAAAUAUUUUCUGUAUACAAGUGGUACCCUUUGUUCAUCAGGGGGAAUAUCGGGUCUCAGACCAUCUUGCCACUGGUCCCAUUUGUAAUGGGCAACCUGGAGGGUCAAGGUGGCUAUCCUUUCCCUCAUACACCCAGAAGGUCUGAGUAUACCCAUUCUCGCUAUCACAGAGCUUAUACAUCUUUACACCAUACCUGGAGUGCUUGGGAGGAAUAUACUGCUUGAAUCCCAGCCUUCCCUUAACCCCUUAAAGACCAAACUUCUGGAAUAAAAGGGAAUCAUGACAUGAUUCCUUCCAGGUGUAUAAGCCUCUGCAAACCUGGCAGCGAAGUGGGUAAUCAGAGGAUGGAUUUUAUACAGCCUGUCAAACUGGGGAUGCUCCAUAAGGGGGCACAGGCUGUUGUCGCUGAAGUGCAUGAAAUGUAAAAUUCUUUCAUACUUAUUCCUCGACAUACACUGGGAGUAAAUGGGGGUAGAGCAGAUGGGGCUACUCCUCCAGUAGGAGCGGAUGGAGGGCUUCUUUAUGAGAAUUUUUUUACAUUCUGGCACAUCGAUGGGGGCCCAUUGUUGCUUUGCCAAAAAAGAAUCAGGCUUUGCAGCAUCUAACUGAUUGGCAUAUAAAAUAGUUUGGGCGACAAUGUUCCCCAAUAAAUCAUCGCCCAGAAACACCUCCAUAAACUGAGGGCUAAAUCCUGUGACAUCCAAAUUAAUGCCAGGAUUUGCAGUAAAGGAUGGGAUGUCAGGCCUCUUGCAAUGAGGCACUACCCACUCCUCAGCAGCACUGCCAGCUGUAGCAGCACGUCUCCUUCUGGCAGGGGGCCUAGCAGGCACAGAUAAAACAUCACCAGAUACAUCACUAGCAGCAGACACUGUAUCUAGUGAUGAUGUAUCUGAGCACCUGGCAGAUGCGUCAGACUCUAACGCAAGGAUGGCAUACGCCUCCUCAGCACUAUACAACCUCUGUGACAUGAUCACAAUCACUUUACUUAGUGCUCUGUCUUAGAUGAUGUCAUCUUCCGGCUCCGGUAUCAGUACACGAUGCGCGAGGGAGCUGAAGAGGGAGCACUCAGGGGAGAGUGCUCGCUCGUGCGCCCGCCAGCCUGCCCGCCGGGUGACACCACUGGACCCCAGGGAAUCCCCACAUCACUCCCAAAGGUAGGGAGGCUGGGGGAUUAAUUUUUUUUUUAAAGUGUGUGUUAGUGUGUGUGUGUGUGUUAGUGUGUGUGUGUUAGUAUUAGAGUGUUAGAGUGUGUGUGUGUGUUAGUGUGUUACUGUGUGUGUCUGUUGGUGAGUCUGUUUGGUGUCUUAGUGAGUGUGUGUUUUGUAAGUGAGUGUGUGUCUGUCUGUCAGUGAGUGUGUAUGUAUGCCUGUCACUGAGUGUGUGUCUGUCAGUAAAUGUGUGUCUGUUAGCUAGUGUGUAUGCAUCUGUUCGUGAGAGUGUGUGUGUGUGUCUGUUAGCUAGUGUGUAUGCUUCUGUUCGUGAGAGUGUGUGUGUGUGUGUCUUCAGCACUUACCUUUCUCCAACGCUAGAUUCACUUGGCGCUGGUGAUCUCUCCGCCCCAAUCCGACUCUCAGCUCCGAAUGCGCAUGCGCGGCAAGAGCCGUGUGCGCAUUCAAACCACCCAUAGGAAAGCAUUACUCAAUGAUUUUCACAGUGAGAAUCGCGGAAGCUCCUCUCAAUGAGACAGCCACUAGAGGCUGGAUUAACCCUCAGUGAAACAUAGCAGUUUCUUUGAGGUUAAAACUCAGGGACCUGGGGACCUCAGAGUUAAAACUAGAGGGACCUGGCACCCAGACCACUUCAUUGAGCUGAUGUGAUUUGGGUGUCUGUAGUGGUCCUUUAAGUGUGUAUGUAUCUGCAUGCACUGGCGUACAUACCGCGUAGGGGUCGCAGCCCUGCGACCAGAUGCCUGCCGCCAUGUGUUGCGGCCCUGGCCCGCGCAGAGUAAGUGUGGGGGAGGAGGGCCCAUGGAUUAUUUUUCGCACCGGGGCCCCAUGGGUUGUGUGUACGCCACUGUAUAGGAUGACUCUGAUUUAUCCGAUUUAAAUGCUUUAAAUGCCCUUUUUUUAUUUUUAAUCUCUUGUUUUACUUCUCUACUAAGCCACAUUGGUUUUAAUUUGUUUCUUUUAUAUUUAUUACCCAAUGGUACAUACUGAGAAAUGUACCUUUCUAAUAUUUGUUUGAAUAGUUUCCAUUUUUCCUCAGUGUUUUUAUCACUAAGGAGUUUAUGCCAGUCGAUAUGUUGUAGAGCAGCCCUAAUCUUAUUGAAAUUGGCUGGUUGUGGCGAAACCGACCUUGCCACUGGGCAUUGGAGAAGACUGAUUGCCAGCCUCCUGCCAUGUGACUAUGGCCCCUGGGAUGUAUUGCCCUUUAAAGACAUGAUUUGGGCAUAAUGGAUUUGUGUUGUGCUUCUGCUGGCCCUUUAAGAACCAUCUGGGGACAUACUGUGGAGUUACUGGGGGCCACCAUUUCAUGUAUCAGAGGCACAUGGUGAGAACAACGGAUGAAGGAUAUGGUGAGAACAAUGGAUGGCGGCCAUUUUAACUCACAGACACUGUUUGGACUUUUCAACACGGUGCCAUCUCGCCGGUAUUUGGUGCACAGAGACAUCGUGCAGUGGUUUUGGACUAUACAACAGGGGACACAUUAUACAGUAAUUGUUUUUCAUAUAACCUGUAUAUGUUCUGUGGAAUCUGCAUUAAACUGUAUCUUCCAAAGUACUGAACGGAUAUGUGGUUCACCCAGAUCCCCCGCUUCCGAGGAUAUACUUUUAUGGGGUUAUUGCAUGUUUUGAGGUCCCUGUGAUGUUUUUUAUGAUACUGUAUUUCUCUGCCUGUGAUAAUUAGAUUAACUGUUGUGUUCAGUAAUCAUAUCACAGGCAGAGGGGAGGAUUUUGUGUGGGAGUGUGGCCAGCAUUAAACCAGAUCGUUUUACCCCUUCAUGAAGUCUCGACUCAUGUUUGGGGGUUUGGGAGCUAUAAUCAUUAUUUUGUCUGUAUUGACCAGGGAUUUCGGGAGAAGCUACAAGGAUCCAUUAUAGCCCCUUAUAACACAUGUAAACGUUGACCAUAUAUUUGCGAGUGAGGAAUCAGGAGUAAUGUUCUCUUUAAAAUAAAGGACUUUUUUGAAAUGGCCCCUUUUCUUGUGAGAUUCUAAUAGGAAUUCCAUUAAUUUCCAUUCAGGUCUUAUCUUUUUAAAUUAGUCUUUUAAAUCCAUAUAAGUCAUAUUGUGAUCAGACCAGGAAAUUUCUAUAAUUUGCGUUUGCUUAACUUUUCCAGCUGUGUCAAAGUCGGUCAAAAUCGAUUCUCGAAUAAGACAAAUGAGUCUUAGAGAAACACGUAUAAUCCCUUUCAUUCGGGUGGUGGGUUCGCCAUGUAUCUAGAAGGGCAAUACUGUGAAUCAAGGAGCGAAACCGAGUUGCUGUCCAUCUUUAAGUUCUGUCCAUCUCCAUGACAUAAUUGAAAUUGCCUAACCAAAUUACUGAACCUUGUUUUAUCUUGUCUAGUCUAUCCCAAAAAUUUGAUACAAAAUAAAUUGCCAUACGAUUAGGUGCAUAUAUGUUGACUAAGGUAUAAGCAAUUUUAUUCAUUAUGCUUACUAUAAUUAAAUAUCUAACUCCUUCAUCGUAUUCAACCUAUUUAAUAAUUAAAUCUAAGGAUUUGGAGAAAAAGAAGGCAUCGCCUCUUUUUUUUCUUGUCAGUCAGGAUUAAAUAAUUGUGGAAAAAACUUUUGCGAUAAAAAUGAAUUUACCUGCCUAUUUCCAGUGGGUCACCUGGAUGGCACAUAUAUCAACUUUUUCAGUGUUUGGAGCAAAAUUGAUCUCUUAAAAUGGGAGUUGAGGCCCUGUACGUUUAGUGUAACGAACUUAACCAUUAUCAAAUAUUUGGGGCCACCCUCUCUUGCCCAGAGCAAGCAUUUAACUGAACAGUGUUAGAGAAAUUAAACCAUUGAGCAAAGUAAAUAAAAAAUAAAUAAAAAAAUAGAACACUAAAAAAAUAAAAACUUCAAUUCGACAUAGGUUGUACAACAUUUCCUAGAGAAAAUCUCCAGAUUAAGGUUCUUAAAGAGUACCCUCCUUGUCAAGCCAACCCCAAAACAUAUGUUUUGUCCUGAUGAAAGUUCCACGUGGGAGCUGAAACGUUGACUUUUUAAAUGGAUUGAAUAAAAGCUAACUUUUAUUUGAAAAUCUCUAUAAAGUCCCUGGAGUGCAGUCAUUUCUGCUAUGUCUACAUGAUCCUUGCCAGACCAGCACCGGACACCACAGGAUUACACCAGGAGUGCAAGCCCUCGCUAUUUAUAUCUUAUACUGUAUAUGUUUUGGGUCAAACCAAGUGUUUGCCUGAGUAUCUGUCCCCUGUCCAGAUUGAAUAGAAUGCGUGCACGCUCUGAAGUAAAUCACACUGAGACACAGGUUUCACGCCAAUGAAAGACUUCGGAAUGUUUAAUCAGGGGGGCGGGGAGCCCCUAUAAAGGCAGAAAUACAUCAUAUGCAGAAAGCAAGAUAACAGAGAGAAUACGGUUUUAAUUGGUAAAUGCUAAGUGUCUUAUCUAAUGUGCCUCCCCCAGGAUGUGAUGUCAUGAACAUUCUAGGUGCAGCUCUCUGGAGGGAGAAGCCAUCUUAAUACAUGACAUUCUUUACAUUCUUUACACGAUGGGAGGGGUGCGGCCAUUUUGAGUAGUUAAAGAACACACAAUGGGAGGGGGUGCUCUAUGCUCUAGCAGCCAUUUUAAAUGAAUAGACAUUUUACUAACAUUAAUUUCUAUCCAUAACAUACAUAUAUAAUGUCAUACUAAGUGUAUUUUUAUAUUAAUAUAUAUAUAUAAAAACUAUAUAUAUAUAGUGUGUGUGUGUGUAAGUAUAUAUAUAUAUAUAUAUAUAUAUAUAUCAAAAUUACCGGCACUUUUGGGUUUAGUUCAUCCAAUUUAUUGUUGGUCAAUUCAAGAAGCAAAGUCAAUGUUUCAGCUCCCGAUCGGAGCUUUCAUCAGGACACAAAGAACAUUUAACAUUGCAAGUAACAAACAUAUAUAGGACAUCUAUACCAAUCAACACUCACCGUAUCAGCUGUAUCACGUAUCCCUGAUGUCCGGCGUGGACUCAGCGCAUUUGCGCAUGUGUGCCUCCAAUCUGAACUUCCAUGUCACGUGACAGAAGGGGCCAAGUCUCAAACCCAGAAGCGUCACAGCACCUAGGCAACCGCUGAUACAUUCAGCCUUGGUUGCCGCUGUGUAAACUACAACCAUUGGGAGAACACCUCCUUUCAAAGAAAAAAAGCCACCCACUCCGUGGUGUAGGGUUCAGUUCAUUUUGCUAUGGCAACAAGUUCCAGCCGUGCAUAAGAGUAUACGUAAAAACCAACACAUACAAUUAUAUUUGCAAGUGGUUACAAAUAAUAACAAAUGCCAAUUUCAUCUACAGGGUAUCAAAGUAUCUUAUAAUAGCUGUUAUAUUUGUGAACAUUAUGUGAACAAGUUUAAUAUUGAUUCAACUAAAAAAAUAAUUCAUAAAUCAAAUAAUAAUCCAGUGUUACUGGGUUUUUUAGUACCCAGUAUGUGAUUUUAACACUAUGUGUUUAAAGAAAUAUUUAUUUAUAGUUCCAUAGUAUAUGAGAUAAUAAUCUCUUUAAAUGUGAAAGAUAUUAUUUCAUUUGUAAGUGUGAUUCUGUGUAUAUUAUUCCAUGUAAUCUAAUAUACGUGCUGAAUAAAAAAGGGCUGAAAAAUAGUUAACCCCCAAAAAAUUUCAACAAGCUAAUAAAAGAAAAACAAAUACUAUAAAAAUAUUAGAUAUCCCCGCCAUUCAUAACUGACGGUAUUCAAACGGCUGUCAGUGAGUGUAUUAGAGCCAUAAUCUACAAUAUUAUUAGAUGCAUUUAAUUAAUUUUAAAAAAUAUAUUCUAAAAAAUCUAUUGUUCAAAAGGAUUCUCUUCAAAAAAAUAUUUUCAAAAAAACCUCUUUACUAAAAAACCUUUUCAAAAAAUCCUUUCCCCAAGAAAUUUCUCUAUACUCUAUUAGGUUAAGUAGACACUUAACAACAUAGGAUAAUUAUAAAAGAGAAAUAAAAGAACAUUUUUCAUUUAGGCCUUUGGGGGAUAGUGUGUUAAGUUCCAUUAUCCAAUAAGUCUCUCUUUGUAGGAGAAGUCUGCCCCUGUCCCCACCUCUGGCAGCUAUGGGAACAUGAUCGAACGCCACAAAUCGCAAAGUGGAAAGCGGAUGUUGCUUUUCCAAAAAAUGUCUGGCCACAGGUUUGUCCGACCUGCCAUCACGAUAGGCAAGGCGGAUACUUGACCUGUGGCCUCUAAUUCUCUUGCACAGGGCUGUCUCUGUCUUGCCCAUAUAGCUCAGUCCACAAGGUUGUGUGAGUUUAUAUAUGAUAAACUCUGUGCAACAAUGUAUCCUAUGGGCAAUUUUGUACAGUUUCCCCAUAUGUGGAUGAGAGAAUGUCUUGGACGGAAUUAUAUGACCACAGGUCACACAUCCUAAGCAUCUGACACAACCAUUGUUUGUCUUCUCUCUUAUAGAGGGAUUAUAACAAUGGAUAGGGUCUGUUUUUACUAAUAAAUCCCUCAGGUUUCUAUUUCUCCUAUAACAAAACAUUGGCUUAGUUGUUAAUUCUUUUGAGAGCGACGGAUCUUGUCGUAAUAUAUUCCAAUUUCAAGUAAUAGAUUCAGUUAUUUCCUUGCUUUCGGAGUGUAAUUUCAUUGGGAAUACUAUUCUUUUUUGUAGUUCUUUUUUGAGAGAUUCUUCCCUUGUUGUUAUAUUGUUCUUUCGCUUUAUACAAGGCGUUUUCCAAUAUCGGUCGCUUAUAUCCUCUCUUCAUAAAUUUUGAAUACAUCAUUCUCAAUUGUUCCUCUUGUUGUUCCUCUUGGGAAUUAUUCCUGUAAACCCUUAAGAACUGAGAAAGUGGUAAUGAUUUUUUUAGAUGUUGCGUGUGGAAACUAUCAAAGUGUAGAAUGGUAUUGCGAUCGGUAGGUUUAGUAUAGAGUCUAUACUCUAAUUUGUGAUUCAUGAUGGAUAAUUCUAUAUUGAGGAAUUGGACAUUUUUUUGAGUCAAUCUGUGAGGUCACAAAUUUUUCUAUUUGCUUAAGAUUAUGAAUAAGGCUAUUUGUAUCCUUAAUACAAGUUGGUAUAGCAGUAACCGGUUGUUUGAAUAGGUAAUCCAAAUACUUGGCUAUAGGCUCCAAAAUGCCUUCUAUCGCAGAUACAAUCGGUCUGCCUGGUGGAGCAAUUGAGUUUUUAUGGAUUUUUGGUAACGUGUAAAGGAUAGGUGUACGUGGGUGUUUUUUCUGCAAAUAUUCAAAAAGAUCUGUCUCAAUGAAACCCGCUCUCAGCCCGAAAAGCAAUACCUCUUCAAUUUUUUUGGCAAUAUUGUUGGUUGGAUCCUUUUCCAGAGGGUGAUAAGUUGUUUGUACUCCCAAUUGUUUGUGAAUCUCACCUGCAUAGUAGGAAUAAUUUAGAACCACUAUACCCCCGCCCUUAUCUGCGUGGCGUAUUACAAUCGUUGGAGCUGAUUCUAAUCGACGUACCAGUGUAUGUUGUUCCUUUGUAAAAUUCCAAUAUUGUGGUCUAUGUUUCUCUAGAAUAUCAUCCGUCUCAUUCCUUACGGUGGAAAGGAAUGUUUUAAUCGUGGGCUGACUUGUUGGAGGGUCAAACUGGCUAGGUUUUCAAAAUAAUUGUUUGUAAGAUUCAAAAUUCUGGUCUACUGCAGGUCUUUGAAUUUUAUUAAACAAAUCUUUCAGUCUUAAUGUACGACCAAAUCUAUAUAAUUCCACGUUCCGCUGGAAAUGGUUUUGAGCUAUUGAUGGUAUAAAUGACAACCCUUUAUUUAAAAUGUUCAAUUCCUGAUGAUCAAGUGAUCUGUCCGACAAGUUAAAGACGGGGAUAAUUUCCGAAAAUGGUGGUUUCCCUCUGGGUGCAGUGGAACUGUCCUUUUUGUCCCCGUCUUGUGAUAGAUCUUUUUCACUUUGUUUUUGUUUCUUGUGGAGAUUCUCUGAGGUAGUGUAUCCUCCCGUCGUUCCUCCAUCUCUAAAAAAUUAGCAGAUUGGAUUGAACGAGAACCCUCAUUUUCUGAUGCCGAUUCGCCUGAGGUGACAUCAAUUGUCGUUACAUUAGGUUUGACAAUCCACUUUCUAAGUCUUUUUGGACGGAUUCGGUGUUCCCCUGACAACCAUCUGUACACAGAAUGCUCGGUAUAGUCUUGCUGUACACGUUCCAUUUUUUGUCUUUUAAACUUUAUCAGCUGAUUUUUAUACUUCAAUAGUUCCUCACUAAGUUUAAGUUGCAUUUUAACUCCUUCCUGUGAGUUGAGCAAUAUUGCUUGUUCACUCUCAAAUAGUUGGAUUUUCUUACGGAUUUCUAUAAGGUAUUCUUUUACAUCCUGUAUUGUAAUUAACAUUACAUCAAGCGAACACUUGUUCAGUACUGAUGUCCAAUCUUUGGAUACUUUUGAUUUAGUUCUGCCAAUAGUUGGUAUGUUGUGGCUACUAAAAAAGACUGUACAUACUCCAUAUUGAAUACUCUGGGUUGUCUACUUUAAAAAAAUAUGUACAUGUGAGGUGUGAUUAAUAGAUUUAUGACAGAUAAUAGUGUUGCAAUGUUACUAUUGAUGAAUUUUAAAAAUAUAUAUUUUGAAACAGCAAUGUCCUACUUAUACUUGUAGCACUGGCAUACAUACCGCGGUCGCAGGGAUUGCAGCUGCGACCAGGCCCAUCACUCCAGGGGGCCCACCCGCCCUGCGGACCUCUGCGACCGGGUACCCACCGCCAUGUUUUGUGGCCCCAGUCUUCGCGGCAAACUGCCGGGGCCGCACGUGAAGGGGUCCAUCAGGUGGCCCAUGCUGUCAGGGCCACCCAAUGGAGAUGGAUUUCCAGGGGGCCCUGGUCAGCACUGAGUGCUUUAACAGUGCGACCGGGCCCCCUGUGAUGACAUCAGACAGCUGGGUAGACGCUAUCCCGGUAGACGCUAUCUACUUUUAUAAUGUUUUUUAAAAAUAUAUAUAUAUUUUUAAAUGUUUUUGAAAAACUAAUUGUGCUAUCCUUUUUCUUUCCCUUUUUCUUUUUCUUUCUUUAUUUUCAAAUCUAUCUUCUUAUGCUUCCUUUUUCUUCUUAUCUCCCCCUUUCUCAUCGUGGCUAUUUUCAAUAAUUAUCUCUUAUUAUGUACCACGUGUUAUCUUAUUCUUUGCAAUUCAUCCAAUCUUGUACUAAAAAAAAUUUCAGUGUACUAUUUAUUUCAGUGCAUAAAGAAGAUGUUUAAUUUCAUUUCAAACUUUAAAAUAUGCUCUAAUCCCCUUUAGUAUUUCAAUCUAUAUUGUGUAUAAAGUGUAUACAGAAUUCAUAUAAUUCUUAAACUAUUACAUGUGCAACUUGUACCAUUUGUAAAAUAUAAAUAAGUUAAUAAUAAACACAUUGUGUGGCAGAAAUACCUCUGCUACGUGUUCCUGGAGGGGCCUGGUGGCUAGCCUCCUCCCCAAAGACUAUGGGUCCUGCAAAAAGCCUGCAAUUUUCAUAUGCUGUUCAGGAACCGAACAGGCGCAGGAACCAUGGACAACCCGGUUAAGCCCUAUCAUCACCUCUUAAAGAUUCUAACUGCAGUGUUCUAAUUGUUCAUUUGUGUGGCCACAAUUCGGCCUAGGACUAUUGACUAUGGUAGUUUGUUCAUUUUUAAACUACCAAACUGUUAGCACUAAAUUCAUGGAACCGAUUUGGGCAAAAGACCGGUCGGUCAAAUUAUGGCUUCAAUAGAAAUCCCGAAACCCUGAACAGAUCUGGGUGAUUUUUGGAUAUGUUGGUCACUCAGAUGGGGGCUAUCAGGGGAUGUAACUUUUGUGGGGUUUUCAUGUGUUUUGGGGGUACUUGUGGGGUGUCUUAACACUUUGUGGUUUUUCUGUACCUGGAGAAAAUUGAGUUAGAACAGUUCCUGACUCAAUUAUCUCUCAGGCACAGAGGAGGAGUUUGUAAGUUUUAUAAAUUCUGUGACUGUGCUUCCAUUAAACAGACUACUUCCCAGCAUUAAGCCUUGGCUCAUGUGUGGAGGGGGGAUUGCUAUACUGCUCUUUGGAUUACUAUAUUUGCUAUACUCUUUUGGAGGAGAGGUCUUCCCACUGGGAACUGGAUCUAGAUAUUGGUCCAGGGCGGGAAGGGACGGCAAGACCCCACCCAGGCUGUGGCAGCUAAAGGGGGCUACAGUGGUUAUGGUGUCCGGUGGGGAUGCUUAUGGUACUCUGUGAGCACUAGGAAACGUGAUUGGCGAAAGGUACCAGUCGGGUGCCAGGCGGUCGGCCAAACAUUGUUGUUCUGAGGGCUUUUGUUUUACAGGAGAAUGCUAAACUUCCUGUGUGUCUGUGCAAUGGAGAGAAGGGCCCAAAGUAUCCUUUAGGUGCCUAAUUGCAAUGCAGAUCUACAGGUGUUAACCAUGUAAGAAGAUAGACAACUCAAAAAAUAGGAAAAUACCUUCUAAAAAAGAAAAGAAAAAACAUUUAUAUGAGUCAUCUGACAUUAAAAAUAGUGUGAGAAAAAAACACACAAUUAAUUGAACAAACCAGUGCAAAGUGUAUAGGUGAUUUAAAAAGGGAGAUCUAGUGGAGCUUGCUAUGAUAGAUCCAAAAGCUGACUAUGUAGAGUAUACGUAUAGAAAUUAUUUUUCUCUUCUCUGUUAUAACAAUAUAUGGGGUUAUGCCCCUUCUUUUACCCAUAUAGUCAAUUUUUUGACUAUCGGGUCAAUAGCUUUGACCUCCUAGUCAUUCUCUCUUUUUUCGACUGUAUUAUAAACUGUCUUUUUUUCAUCUAUCUUUAUAAUUUUUCAGAAAUAUCAGGGUAAAUUCUUUUUAGCUUCAUGUUUCACAAUGGGCUACCCUGGGAAAACAUAACGUUUCUACAGGAGAUUUGUUCUAGGAUACCCAUUAAUUACGCAAACACUUUACUUUUUGAUCAAAUAUGUACCAAUAUUUCCUGAAGGAAAAAGAAAAAAAAAUUGAAACUGUAGAGCCAGUGAGACAUUUCUCUUUUGGCUUUAAAAAAGUUCUUUAGCAAGAUGAGCAGCUUGUCGGGACGUCUCGAAAGAGGUUUGAAGAUUAAAUUUGAUGCUCUUUGUCUGCCUUUCAUAUGUUGAUCAUAUUUCUCCGUUGUGUUGUACAUGAUUUGAGUAAUUUUUUUUCAUAUUCUUCUUCCACGUUUUCUUUAAUUGUUACCCCAAAAAUUAUUUGUCAGUCCUGUUUUCUUGCAGCUCAGCCUGUAUUCUUCCUGUAUUAUCUGCUGUUAGAAAGCUUUUCAUUUUCUUUCCCCUUCCAAAUCUUUCCCUCCUUCUUCUUUUCUCUUUGAUUUAAACCUUUCUUUUACGCAGCGUAAUAAAUAAGAACAUGCCAUAUUCAUUAUCUAUGAUGUAAACUUCCCUUAGUUGUUUACGUUGUUUAGUUGUUUAUCUGAAGAAGAAAAAAAACAAAACACGCUUAUCUACUUUAGGCUUUAUUUUUUUAUGAGUAAUCAAAUCCUUUUCUUUCAGCCAGUGUUGUAAUUUUUCAGGUGUGUCAAAGACAAAAGUUCUAGCUUCAAAUGUCAAAAUGAGCUUCACAGGGAAACCCCAUCGGUAGUGUGAGUGGUUGGCUCUAAGAAUCUCUUUUAAUUUAGUGAAUGUUUUCCUCUUUGAUCUAGUGUAGAACGAUAUACCAGCUCUUUUACAAGAAAGGAUGAGCAAACAUAUCAAGACAUCACUAGGGGAAUUUGAAGAUACAGGUUGUGGUUUUGGUACUCUGUGCCAGCGUUCCAUAAGACAGCCAUAUAUUUAAUUGGAUAUUAGAUACAAAACAUUUUGUCAAUUAUCCUUCUAAAUUUUCUUUAGUUAUUUCCUCUGGGAUGUUUGUUAAAUUAUUGCAUCUCGUCCUAUCUUCUAGGUCAGCAGCUUUUUGUUCUAAUGAGAUCACUUUAGCUUGUAUUUGUUGAAAUUCCAAGUGAGUUUGAAAUAAAGUAUGUUAUAGAUUUAGAUUUUUUCUUUAUGUUUAUUGCUAGAAGGUCUUUUUUUAUACUGUAAACCAGAGGAUUUCAUUUUUUAUUUUUUCAAAUUGGAUUUGAAAAAUAGUCUUAGGAGUAUGUGGAGUAAAAAAUGACGAGCGUUUGUCCAAAGAGUCUCUUUUGUUAUCAGCUUUUUUCUUUGUCGGCCUUUGAUCUUGGGUCUUUCUGUUUGCCAUAUCGUAUUGCUAAUCCCAAUAGGGAUAAUAAAGUGCAACGUGUACAAACUUGUCAGAAACAAAAAAACAAUACAAACUUUUUUUGUCUCUUUGACGGGUUUUCUAGAUUUAAUUUCAAUCAUGCAGAAGCACUGAACUUGUUAGUGGAGAGCUUCACCUGCGUCAAAUUAUUAAGUGAGAUAUAUCUUUAUUCUAUGCGGUGCAACUAUAGAGUUCACAGUUUAGAGAAUAUUUCUCAUUUUUUCUUUCUCCCCUUUACUUUUUUCUUUUCUAUCCUUCCGCCUUAUUUCCUUUCUUCUUUCAGAUUCCCUUUGUGAAAAUUAGGUUCAGAAUUACACCGUAUAUAAUUUUAAUCCUGGGAGUUUUCUGUGAUUUUUGGUGCCUCUCCCCUAUUCACAGGGGUGUCAGAUUAGUAUUUUCUUUAGUGUUAAUUAUCCCACAGUCUUGCCCUUAAAUAUUUCUAUUUCAGUAUAUUUCAAUAUAUGGGGGCUCUUGGAAUAAAGGACUGUCGGAGUGCACCCACAGCUCCCAAUUCCCUCCACCUCUCCACCUCACAGCUUAAUUUUCUGCUCUAGCAGUACUCUCCUGCUGUACGGCGGUCGUGACACUUGGUUUAGCCGUCAGUGCUUUGCACCUUUUUCACCUCUUCCAGCGCAUCUUGCUGGCUUCUGCUUUGUAGAGGUCUCUACCCGUCGGUUCGUUAGUCGGCUCGCCUUCAAGCACGCCGCUCGGGUCUCAAAACCUUGAGCGUGCUACGUCAUCGCUGAACCCCCCCCCCCGGAUGCAGAGAAGCUGGUUAUUUCUUUGCCCUCAUCAUGUAGAUUGAAUUAGCAAGUUCAUUCUGGACUUGCUGAGGAUCAGAGAAGGAUUAAAAUCCCACAGGGCCCUAGGAAAGUUACUAGUGUGUCCCCUUAAAUUUUCAUGUAGCAAUGGUGAACAGAGCAAAGCAAAUCCUUGCCUAAUCCCUGGUCCUUAAACAGCUGUGCAAUGUAACAUUAUGUUAAAUUCUGCUCUGCUGAGAACAGCCAGUGAGCUACACACAUGGGUCAUCCAAAAGAAUAGUUUAAUUCAGUCAAUAGAUAUAAAACAGAGUGGCUAUAGUAUCAGUAGUCAGGAAAGAGGCAUCAAAAAUUUCAGGAACUUGGUCUAGCAUAGAAGUUUCUAUAUCAGAUCACUAUAUCAGAGAUCAGAAAAAUGACACAUUGUUGGUGCCUCGUUAAGGACUGCAUUCAACUAGGGUUAUUCACUCAAGUAAGUAUUAUUUGGAAUUCAAUUAAUGGCCAAGAUAGGUUUAUAGCACUGAUUAUCCAAGUUCGAACACCCAAACCAGAGUAUCUCUCAUCCGGUCGUUUACAUGCAGUAAGAGGGAGCAACACCGUGGAGAAGUCUUCAAAAUCAUGAUGAUGUGUGGUAGAAGAGACAAAAAAAAAAUAUAUAGAGUAGUAUAAUAACAUUUCAACUUGAAGAGAAAAAAGGAAAUUUACUUAGUGUAAAUAACUGACUUUUAGCUAAAAUUACAGCUCUUGUGCAGUAUAACCCCUGUCUGUGUAUAUAGGUCAUUUUUUUCUUCUCUUUUCUUGGUCCAACACAGCAUAGUUCAGAUAUAGAAUAGAGCACCAGGAUAGUGUAAAAUGUCAGAAGAUAAAAUUGAGUAAUAAGUAUAAUAAAAAUGCACACUCACAUUUAUUGGAGCCUCUAGAUGGCUCCUUUUGUAGCGCUUGGAUUGGAAUAAAUCUCACUCUAGCAUAUGUGUGCAGUAAUCUCUCUUUGGUGUAGAUAAAAUCUCCACGCUCGAUAUAAAAAUGGAAAAUAAAAUAAAGUACUCAUUGUAUAUAAGGAGAAAAUAAAAGCAAUAGGAAAAGUACUCACAUUAGGGAGAACAAGCAAUGGUUUUGCUCAAUUCAGAAUGUUUAGGUGGUGUAUUCCCCAUCAUGGAAGAGGAUGUUCCACCAGCAAAGGAAUCAGGAGGUACAGAAAAUAUAAAGUAAUAUUACCUUUAUUAAACACUAACACGAAAUAAAAUAGUGCACAAAGCGUUUCACGUGAGGUGUAGGCUUCUUUAAGUGUGAUGAAUGUACCAUAUAUUUACACUCUCAUCUUCUCACGUCUAAGUACCUGAACUAAAGGCAGUGACCAGGUUCCUACACUGCUUUCUAGGUUGCAUGACACGACUCCUGACAUUUGACAGAUUUUUUGUGGCAGACUCGGUGGCCCUACUCAAUAGGUCAUCUCUGAUAAUAUUUAUUACAUCUGGGGUUUUUAUGUCUCCACAGCACUUCCCUGCCCAGCAAACAGUCAUUAUGAACAAUGCACAAAGACGUGCGAUUACUCAUGUAGUGGCCUUGUUGCAGAAAGCUCUUGCACUGACAGAUGUUUCGAGGGCUGUGAGUGCGAUGUCGGUUAUCUGUUUGAUGGGAAUAAAUGCGUAACUCUGGGGCAAUGUGGCUGCCUCUACAAUGGGCGAUAUUUAAUGGUAAGUCAAGUUAUUAGUAACUUCUUAUAUUUUAAAAUGUACUGGUCAAAUAUAGAUAUUUUACUACAAUAACAAAUCUUAUGUUUAAUGACCGUUUGCUUUACUUUCAUCGUAGCAAUGAUGGGUCAUCAUAGCACUAUCAUAUAUUAUUUCUUAUACAUGCAUUUAAUAAAAUGUUAACACUUUGAAGCUUUAGUUAAUCAAGACACUCUUUGAGAAGUAUAUAUUUAUCUAAUAUAUAUUAAAUAUACACUGCAUUUUAUUCCUUAUAAACUCACUUUAACUUUCUUUCUGCAUUUCUACAUAUUUUGCUUUAGUUUGCAGAUAAUAUAAUUUACCAUGUCUUGCUAUGUUUGAUACCUUGAACCUAAUGAGUUGCUAGAACUAAUUCCAAUAAUUCUGUUUGUGUCGAAGUUCUUCAGAUUCUAAUGUUAGUGAUUUCUGUCACCUGACUCCAGGCAGAUGAAAGUGUGGUGUCGGAGGACUGCAGCCAGCGAUGUACAUGCCAAGCCGGCUCCGUGUCCUGCCUGUGGUACAAUUGCAUGGAAAUUGAGAGAUGCCAGCUGAGAGAUGGUAUACGUGGGUGCUACUCACGGGAUUCAGAAUGUACCAUCAGUUCUGAGCAGCAUUUUGUCACUUUUGAUGGAGCCUCUGGCAUGUACCCCUCUGAAGGGGCCUUUGUGAUGGCAUCAUCUUGCAAUAUAACCAGGGAUUGGUGUUUCAGUGUGGUUGUGGACACAAGAAAAUGUCAAACUGGUUCAUCAAGCAGAAAAACCCUGCAUGUGUUCACAUCUGAAGGCCUGAUCACAGCAAAUGGAGCACAGGAAAUAUGGGUAAGAAAUAUUUAUUUGACUGACGGAUGAGUUUAUUUAGAAUUUCACAUUCUAAGUUUGUUUUCACAUUUCGAGGUAAAACAUUGCUGUCUGAGAAAUUGGGUUUAUUUGCUGAGGCAAUUAAUAAUAAUAAUACUAAUACUAAUAAUGUAAUUUAACUCCACACCUUCACAGUUACACACAGCCUCAUAGAUGUCAAUUAUUUAAAAAACAAUUAAAGUUUUUUUUUUUUAUGUGGGAAAUGGAAAGUAUUCAGAGCGUCCUAUUAAAUAAGCUGGGGAAUGAUUAAAUGUGGCAGAGUUUAAUAAAAAUAAUAGGCACCAUUUAUUAGAAUGCCCCUUGGCAUCUUGCUACACCCUAAUAAAACGUGAGGUAGUAUGUCAUAUGUGGAGUCCGCUCCAAUCACAUAUCCCACUAGGUAUCACAGGAGGCUAAAUCAUAAAUCACAGUCUACCAGGCUAGUUAAUGUUAAGAAAGUAACAGGCAAUGUAUCAAUAUCAGAGAGAGUUGAUGUAUCCAGCGUCAAAUAGAUAAAUAUAGAGUAUCAUUAUGUGUAGCUGUUUAUUUGGUUUCUUGCUAUGUAAUAAUGGUCUUUCUUGUCUGGUCUUUAUAGAUGAAUGGACAGCACCUGCAAGCCCAAGAUACCUUCUUGUUUGAUUCUGCCCGGGUCAUGGUAUCUUCAUUAAACGUGACCAUUGAGGUGGUUGACCUGAUCACCGCAGUGUUACAUGCUGAUGGGAAGGUUACCUUGAUUGCUAAAGAAAAAUUAGCCAGAGAUUUAUUUGGAGCUUGCGGGAACUUCAACGGAGAUGGAAACGAUGAUCUUCAUCUGGACAAUGGGACACCAGCUAGCAGUGUCACAUACGCCAUAUAUUCCUGGACAGCGAGAUACUUCUCCACAUGGUACUGCUCUUCCCUAGAUCUAUCUACCUUACCCUUCAUGUACAAACAGAGAAAUAGAUACCAGCACUGAUAUAAUGCAUGCACGGCAGGGGUAGGCAACCUUCAGAGCUGCAGAUCUUGUGGACUAAAUCUCCCUGAUGCUUUGCGCUGUACGGCUAAAAGAGCAUCAUGGGAGAUGCAGUCCACGUCUGAAGUGGUGGAAGUUGUCAACCCCUGAUGUAGACCAUCAUGAUAAUCAAAGUCAGGUGUUACCAGAAAUUCUGUAAUGACAUCAUAACAAAUAGCAUAGAACCAAAGGACCUGAUUUGCUAACAUUGAGCUGCAUCACACAAUUUGGAGCAAAAUAAGAACAUUUUAGAUAUUUUUAUGGCUUGGAUACAUUGGUCUAUAUUUUGCAUUCCGAAAGUUAGUUUAUAAAGCCUCACUGUUUAGUAAAUCACCUUACAGAACUGCAGAUUUGAGCCACUGAAAGCGCAAUGUCUAACCAUGUCACACCUAUUUUAUUAUUAUUCGUUUUCCUGGUUAAUAGAACUGUCCACAUCCUGGAAAGCAGGGAGGCCCAAAAGGUAGAUCCCCGGAUGUUGUAAAACUAUUGAGCCCAUGAUGCUUUGCAUCAUGGAAGUUGUAAAACAUCUGGGGAUCUACCUUUUGGGCCUCCCUGCUGUAAAGGAUAAAUCAGUAAAUAAAAAAAUUUUACAUAAUUUUAACUUUUUUUUUUUUUCAAUUUGACAAUUUUUAUUUUCCUUUUUCUUCAAUGCAACUUGGGAUACAGAAUAAAGAGAGGGAGGGGGGGUAGGAACCUCAUAUAUCAUAUUCUCGAGUAACAUGCCAUCCAACUUUACAUGAUACAUUUUACAUUUUUCACUGUUCCACUGGGCAUAAUUAUCCAUUAUCUACUUUCUCCUCACUCGCCUGCCCACAUUCUGAGACCUGCAUCUGUCUUCCUCUGUUAGUCUGCUUUGCCUUGGCUCCUCCUUAGUGUCACCCCUGCACUAGAUGGAUGCAUUCUCUCGUUUCGUGUUACUGUUCCUAAAUGGGGGGGGAGGGGGAAGAAACCAGCUGGAGCCUGGGAUGGGGAGGGGGGGGGGGAAAUGGAUUUAUCGUGCCCGUUUUCUCCUACCGGUACUUUGCUGUACAUCCACUGUUUGUGAUUUAAACUUUCGAUUCACCCAUUUGUCCCGUGAUUCCUAUCUAUCACCUUUCGUCCCCAAGGGGUCCCUUCCUCUGGAUUUCCCUUGGUCGCAUGGGGUCUCUUACUGCUGACCUUGUACCUGUGCUUGGCCUGGCUGAGGGAUUUUAUAGAGUCGGAGUAUUCUCCCACUUCUCAUGACACUAGGGUCAGACUCCAUUCCUAAUCUCCCCGGACCUGUUUACUUCUUCCCACCUAUUUUUUGCUUCCUCAAACCUGUGUGCAUUGCCUACAUUUUUCCUGGCCACUAGUUCAUAUUGUAGGUUGAUGGUGAUCUGCCUUUUUAGGGCUUGUUUCGUCGGUGCGGAGUCUGUCUUCCAUUCUCUGGCUAUUAGCGUUAGUGCCGCUAUUAUGGUGUGGAAAACUAUAAUUGCCUCACUUCCCCGGAAUCUGGACAUAUGCAUGAACAAUAAGCCUGUUUCUGGGGCGAGUGUAGUACUGACAUCUAUCGUCUCAUUUAGCACGUUUUCUACCAUCCCCCAAAAGGGUCGUAGUACCUCACAAGACCACCAGAUGUGGUACAUCGUGCCAUCUGCACCCCCACAUCUCCAGCACUUGGCUGAUGUUCCUGGGUAAAUUUUUGCCAGUCGCACCGGCACCAUGUACCACCUGUAGUGUAUCUUUCUCAUUAACUCUAGGUGUGAUGCGCAUGAUGUCUUUCCUUUGUGCGCUGUGGUCGCGUUUUUCCAUUGAGUUGCAUCAAAAUGUUUCCCCAGGUCUGCCUGCCAGGCUUCACUGAAUCUGUCUAAGUGUACUGCGUCGCCUAGGUUUAGUAGUGAGUAGCAUUUAGAUAUCGUUCCCCUCUUUAGCUUAGUGUUUAGACAGAGACUUUCAAACUCCGUGAGCGAGUUUUUCCCCUCUCCUGUGGUUGCUUGUGUCCCCAGCAUAGAUUUUAACUGAAGGUAUGGAAAUAUCAAUUUGGGGGGAGGUUGAAUUUUUUCUGUAUGUCCGGGAACGGUAGCACCUUUUGUGCCUCUAGGAGGUCCCUCACAUGCGUGCAGCCUCUCUUUGUCCAUUCCCUAUAGUCAAAUGUGUUGUUCGCUACAUGAAGGCAGGGCAAUGGUGUUGCCGGUGACCACGGAGUCAUAGAGGUCAACGUCUGUUGUGUUUUGUCCCAUGUCAUCAGUAAUGUCUUUGUGGUGGGUAAGAUAUGGGGUUGGGUGGGGCGCAUUAGUUUAGGUACCCACAGCAAUCUGCUGAGGUCUGUCCCUUGAAGCCAGUGGUCUUCGAUUUCUAACCAUUGUGGAAUAGGGGCUGGUAGUUGUAUCCCUAUCACUGGGGCUAGUAAUGUUGCCUGAUAAUAAAGUUUAAUAUUUGGUAAGGCUAGACCCCCUUGGUGAACCGGUCUGUGUAGGUAUUUGGCGCUAUCCUCACUCGUUUGUGUGCCCAUACAAACUUUGUGAGCAUUGACUGUGUUUUGUUUAAGUAGGAGGAUGGAAGAGCUAUUUGCAGCGUUCUAAAAAGGUACUGUAGUUUAGGGAGAAUGGACAUUUUAAAAGCUGCCAUCCUCCCCACCCAGGAGAUGUAUUUGUCUUUCCAAGAGACCAAACUAGCUUCCAUCUCUUUUUGUAGGGCUUCGUAAUUUGCCUUGAACAGUCCCCCUAUUGUCUUAGUUAACUUAAUUCCGAGGAAGGAAACGCUUUCCGUCCUCCAGUCCAUCACAAACUUCCCCUGCAACUCCUGUAGUGUGCUCUCAGGUAUCCCAAUUCCCAUGGCCUGUGUUUUGGACACAUUUAAUUUAUAGUACGAACUGUCUCCGUAUUCUUUUAUCGCUGUCAAUAGGUGUGGCAUUGAUAUCAGUGGUUGCGUUAAGGUCAGGAGCACGUCGUCCGCAAACAUGUUGGCUUUGUAUUCCUUGUCCCCUAUGCGCACUCCAUGUAUGGAACUAUGGUUCCUAAUCUUUGAUGCUAAUGGCUCUAAAGCUAGAACAUACAGCAGAGGGGACAAGGGGCAUCCCUGCCUCGUGCCAUUCGAGAUGCUAAACGGGUUGGAUAGGAAGCCCGCGUUGAGCACUUGUGCCCUCGGGGCGCUAUAUAACGCUUUGACUGCUGCCCUGAAUUCUCCUGGCACACCAAAUUUUGCCAUGACCGCCUCUAGGAAUGUCCAGUGCAGGCGGUCGAAUGCCUUUUCGGCGUCUAGGGAGAUGAUAACUCCUCCCCCUUUGUAUAGUCUGGGUAGGCUAUGCAGUAUGUUCAAUACCUUGCGCGUGUUAUCAGCUCCCUGUCUCCCUGACACAAAUCCUACCUGGUCUGUGUGGAUUAUUUGGGGGAGUAUGGCGCUCAGUCUCAUCGCAAAUAGCUUGGCGAAGAUUUUCGCAUCCGUAUUGAGCAGGGAGAUGGGCCUGAAAUUUUGGGGGAUGGUGGGUGACUUCCCUAGUUUUUGUAACGUAAUAAUAUGGGCUAGUAGUGAGUCUUGCGGUAAUUUCUGUGUGGCUGUCGCCUCUGUGAAAGCGUGCACUAGGUGAGGUAUCAGUGUUUGACUGAAUUUUUUAUAGUAGGUGUUAUCUAGUCCGUCUGGGCCUGGGGCUUUGCCUUUUGGUAGGUUUUUUAUGACAGUCUGGAUUUCGUCCCCUGUGAUGGGUUUAAUGAGGUCUGUCGCUUGUUGGGUCGUGAGUUUCGGGAGGUCUACUGUAUCUAGGUACGCAUUGAUGUGUUCCUUCGUGGGCUGAAAUGUGGUGUCAUGCUUGUGUAUGUUGUACAGGUCUGCGUAAUAGCUGGCAAAUUCGUUGCAAAUGUCUGUAGGAAUAACUUUCUUCUCACCUGUACAGGACAUAAGGAAAUCGAUUUUUUGGUUCGCCCUACGUUCUUGUAAUCUCCUUGCCAGUAGUCUACUAGCUUUGUUCCCCUGUGUGUAUUGUGUCAUUUUCAAUCUCUGGAGCCUGUAUCCUGUCUGUUCUAUCGCCUUUUGGUGUAAUUUGCGAGUAAUAUUGGAUAUUUGUAGUUUAAGCUCCGUAGAUGGGGAGAUUUGGUUGCGUGUGUUUAGUUGGUACAAUUCUCUCUGCCAUUCAGCAGUCUGGGUUGAGGAUUUUUUAUGUAGGUAUGCCGCCCUUCUAAUAAAAAUACCCCUAAUUACCGAUUUGUGUGCGGCCCACAGUGUGCCCUGGGACAUUCCUGGGGUAUCGUUCUCUCUAAAGUAAUUUAACAAAGUCUCCUCUACCUCUUUCGUGAAUGUCAAGUCGUUCAACAAGGAGACAUUCAGCCGCCACGGGCUUCGGUGCUUAUAGUCGUAUUGGUCCUUCACCGACAGCGUAAUCGGUGCAUGGUCUGACCACGUAAUCUGUCCUAUGUCACAGUCUGUGAUUUGGUUAAGUCCUUGUCCCUGAAUGAGAAACCCGUCUAUCCUUGAGUAUGUAUUAUGUACAUGGGAGAAAUGUGUAUACGCCCGCUCCGAGGUGUGGGAUAUUCUCCAGGUGUCAUAGUAAUGGUGGAGGGAGAGGAGUUUCUGUAGCUUUUUACACUGUCUGUGGAGUAUUUUGUACCUUGGACUGUGUUUUGAAAUAUUCGUGUCUAGUUUUGGGUCCCAGACAUGGUUAAAGUCUCCACAAAUAAUGGACACCCCUUCCCGUGUCGAUUCUAGUUUCCGCAGUAUUUGUCGUAGGAACGUGCCUUGCAGUGUAUUGGGUGAGUAUAGGUUAGUAAUUGUAUAUGUCAUGUUAUUAAUGGUGCAUUUCAAAAUUACGUAUCUCCCAUUGGUAUCCGUCUCUGUGGAGAGCAUGGUAAAUGCCGCCCGCUUAGAGAUCAGUAUAGACGUCCCUUUAGAUUUCGUGGGGGAUGUUGCGUGGUAUUGGUGUGGGUAGUCAGUAGCUGUUGGCGGGAUAAAAUUGUCGGUUCUGUAAUGAGUCUCUUGGAGACAGAUGACGUCCGCAUCCGUUUCCCUGAGUUCUCUAUAUAGUAGGUGUCUCUUAACCGGUAGGUUUAACCCUCGUACAUUCAGAGAAAAAAUUUUCAUGGAGGUCUAUACCCAACAGAUUUGGUAAGGGUUGCAGAAUUGUGCAAGAGUGAGUACGGGGGGUUUGCUCGCCCCAGCAGCAUCGAAACGAGCGACCUUCCCCUGGUUGAGGGUUGGGUUCGGGCAUAUCUCCCUUGCCGAGUAAAAGGAGGUGGGGCUGUCAUGGGUACCCUUGUAGGAAUUAGGAGCUGGUGAGCUUGGCCAGCGGUGUGAAUUCCCUGUGGGUACUGGGUAGAGGGUGUGAAUCGCCUGGUCCCAGCUAGACCGGGGUGGGGAGGGGAAUAAAGUGAUAACUGGGAAAACAUAUGAAACAGGUGUAUAACAGAUUGGUGUGCCAUUUUCGGCUUAGGUACUCUCUGUACCUGUGGAGGCGGAAGUGGUAGCUUCCUUCCUGUGGGGGGGUAGUCUCCGGUGCAACCCACUCUAUAACUCACUGAGUGUUUUUUUUUUUUUUUUUUUUUGGCUUGUAGCCGUGUAGUAAUGCCCCUGUAGGGAGCCACUAAGAAUUGUGCAGCCUAUACCUGUACAGACAUAUAUUACACUGUGGCAAAACAUUAGACAUGGCUAAUACAAUACCCCUGGUUGUCUCCAUGGUCUAUUUAUCAGGACCAGUCUCUCAAUAGUCACUGUGGAAGAGCUUGCAGGGAUGCUGUAGUUGCGGUGACGUCUUUCAUGUCGGUCUUUUGGAGUUUCUCCAGUCUUUGGAGGAUCCGCGGGGCCUCUGUGGGCUGUGUUGUUGGCUUGGCUUGGGGAGUCCCCAUCUUUGGAGUAGUAUUUCUCCUUCUUCUGGCGUGUUGAUAGCUGACACUUUCCCUUCUCUGGACACCAGUAUUUUCACUGGGUAACCCCAGCGGUAUGGCAGCUUGUGGAGCCGGAGCUGUUCUGUGACACCUCUGAAUUCUCUCCUGCGUUUCAACGUGAAUGUCGAUAUGUCUGCAAAUACCAGCAGCCCGUCAUAUGGAUCUGGGAGUGUUUUCUUCUGGCGGCUUGCCUGAAGCACCAGUUCUUUCACAUGGUAGUAAUGCAUUUUGAUAAGAAUGUCUCUUGGGGUGUCCCGAGGGAGAAAGCUGGGCUUAGCGGUCCGAUGGAACCUGUCCAUGAGCAGCAUGUCAUGUGGUACGUCAGGCGCUAGCAUUUUUAGCAGGCUCGUCAAGUAGGCCGCCAGUUCCGUGGGUCCCACCUCCUCACUCACCCCACGUAUGCACAGGUUAUUGCGGCGUGCCCUGUCUUCAAUGUCCGCAAGCUUCGUCUCGUACCUCUGCAUUUGGUCUUGUAGCCCUGUCAGCCCCUCCUCCAUUUCUCUAUGAGCCACGUGUAGCUCUGCCAUUUUGGAUUCUGUCCCAGCAGUUCUCACCUCCAAUUCUCUUAGGUCUUUAUGUAGUGCCCCAAUUGUGGCUUUAAAACUGUUUUCUAUCCUUGCAGACAUCUCUUCUAGCAUUGCCCGCAUCAUCUCCUGUGUGAUAGGAGUGUCCGUUGCAGAUUCAGUGUGCUGCUGUGUUUCAGCCUCUUCAGCGCCAUCUUGGGUCUCUCCCUGCAAGGUCUGUCUCCCUUGCUGUGACCGCGCGGCGAAAAAUGCGCUCCGUUCUGCCUUAUCAGCCUGCCUCUUCCCUUUAGCCUGGGACAUGGUUACUGGGGUGUAUGGGGCCCCGAUUUUUUAUUUUAUUUUUUCGGCUAAAUAGCCGGAUUGCUCCUUUGUGGGUGCCGUCGGAGCGGAGCGCUCAGUUCAUGCGACCGCUCGGUACCCCCGCCAGGACACGCCCCUCAUAAUUUUAACUUUUUAAAGGGACACUGUAGGCACACAGACCGCUUCAUCUUAUUGAAGCAGUCUGGGUGCAAUGUCCUUGUCCACCUUAGCCCUGCAAUGUAAAACGUAGUUUUAGAAAAACUAAGACUGCCUCUAACAACCCUCUACCAGACAGUCACUAGAGGCGCUUUGUGGAGUUUCACAGAGCUUGACUCUGUGAAACGACAUUGGACCUACUCACGCUCUGCAUGUGGACAUUCUGUAUCAAGGUAAACCCCAAAGGAAAGCAUUGCCUCAUUGCAUGCGCAUUAUGUCACCCCAUCAGUUGACACCGGAGGAAGCUGAGUGCAACCUAGCGCCGAGGGAGAUUGGAGCUGGAAUCAGGUAAGUGAAUAAAGGGUUAUUUAAAUCUUCACAUCACUGGGUCGUGCAGGGGUAGAGGAACACACUAAUGCUAGGAAUACAUUCCUAACACUAAAUUGUUCCUUUAAGUUUUUUCUUAAAUGGUUAUAUGCUAGCUAUCCAUCCCUUGUAUUAAACAUAUGUUAUGCUAAUAUGGUGUCAAACAAAAAGCUCUCGGUAGUGAAGGUAUUAAUAUGCAUGUAAAAGAAAUGAUUGAUUUUUCUAUUUAAUUCAGUGAAAUAAUAGGUUGAAUUAAAUAAUCUGUGUGUACCUUCUUUAUGUUUCCUCUGUAGUCUCCCAUGAAGAGUGGCAGAUUGUGAGACGUUUUCUGCUUUUCCACCCUUUACCUCUGCUGGAUCCCAUUUUGCUGUUAAAUCAGACACAACUCUGGAAAUGGCAUCCUAUAUAUAAUCAUUAUAUAAACACUUAUCUGUAGAACAUUCAUGUAUCCUACACAGAUCUUCUAUAAACUUGUUUCAGCCAUUUAUUCUCAUUAUAUUAAUUAUUGGAGUGCGGACGAUCUCUCACAGGUCACACAAAUUCUGAUUGUAUCGUCUACGCUGGGUGGAUUAUUAAAUGGAUUAUUAAAUGUUUUCACAACCCAGAGAAUUGUUUUAGUGUUUUCUUUUCCCUGUGAGACUAAAAGCACUUUAUAAAAAUAAAGACAUAAAAUUUA